AUGUCAUACGCGGUAGCGAAGCCCCAAGCCUCGCCGUCCGCGGCCAACGACGGCCCGCCGUCCACAGCGACCGUGUACGACUUUAUAUGCCUGUUUACGCACGACCUGCGCCGCAAGCAGAAGCGAUGGCAGGACGGAAAGCUCAAAUAUCAUAGCUUCAACAAAAAAGUCGUUGUCUACGAUGACCGCGGCCACUUUGUUGGAGACUCCCACUGGGACCAAGAGGGCGAUCUGGCCCCGGGUGACGAGCUCUCGCUGGAUCGAGGCAUGGCGCUCGUCCAAGUGGAAGACUGCACGGGCGAAAAGCAGCAGGACCUGACUGAGCUUCUGGAUAAACGAGCCCGCGAGGUGGAAAAGCGACGCCAAAUUGCAGCGACGAAAACGAGGCCAGCACCCCGGAGUUCGGCGGCGGCGGCAGGCGGGGCACAACCGCAGCCGCAGCGACCGCAUCUCCCGCUGAGCUCCCUCGUGCAGAGCCCCGGACCGAUUGGCCGCGCGGCUAUUUCGGCCCACUCUCCGUUUGAAGCCCGACAACAGAAGCUGCAUCAGAACCAGCGACCGACGGCUGACGCGCAGCCGACUGUGGCGGAGAGGCCACCGCUGGCCAAGAAGCGACGCACCAGCCCUUCGCCACCGAGUAAAGCCGGUUUCGCGAGAAAUUUGUUUGGAACUACGUUGAAUUUGUCGUCUUGCCCGGGUCCAGAGCUGAUGGCUGCCAAGGCACGAGCGCUGCGGCAGAGGAUGCUGUCGCAGGCCGCAGCUUCGUCGACGCCACAAGAGGAGCGAGAAGAAGAACAAGAAGAACAAGAAGAAGUAGCGGAAGAACAGAGCCUUGUUCCGAGCAGUCCAAUCUUUGUGCAAGAUGAUGCAGAAAAUACGCCUUCGAGGCCGGCGAAAAAGCUCCGCUCAACUCUGCAGCCGAUUACUCGGCAUCCGAUUGCUAGCGCACGCUCGGUGUUUCGGGAGGCGGAAGAGGCAGGCAAUCGCGAUGCGGAAGUGCUCAUUUGUGACGAAGAACCAGACCAGGAAGAAGAUGCUCCCAAGAGGCAGAGAACAGAUAUACGAAAGCCAGAACGUCAGACUGCGACUAUUAGACCAGCUACACAAGAUACGGCCAGCGAGGACGAGACCAUCACACUGGAGGAUUCUUUUACAGGGCGGACGAAGAAGAAAGAAUUGCUACAGUUGCAACAACCACGGCAGACCAAAGAUCGACCCCAUGAGCUACAAAAGAAGAAGUCACUUGCAAUAGGGCGCCCACCGUUUCCAGAUGCAGUGUUAGACGAGGCUGACGUAGUUGAGGAAGCGCCGCGCCAGAAUAAAAUGCAGGAAGCACCACAUCAUAAGAAAAAGACACGACAAAAGGUACCAGAAGAGUCGCCGGUGAUAGCACGACCAGAACCGAAAUCGAAAGAGCCGAGAACGACGCUGCGAUUGCGUUCAAGACAGAAGAGAGGCUUGCUCAUGAUACGAGAACCAAGCGUGCCAGUGCCAGAACCACCAGCCUCGAGAGACGGAGACGUUGACGAUAGAAACGCCAAUACACCUUCCCCAGAGCCCCCGGCUUCUGUGCCACAACGGAUACGAUCAGCUUCACCAGAAGAGGUGACGAUACCGAGCUCAGCGCCGCCUGUUGAUGAUCCUCCAGAAGCAGCUCCGGCGGAGCGAGAUCCGACUCCUGCGCCGCUGGAAUCAAGCAGCGAGGACGAACUGCCGCAAACUUCCAAGCGACGCGCCAAGAAACGCAAGACAUACAGCCCGCCUCCAGAGCCAGCCGUGAGCGAAAAAGCACCAAAGAAAAGGCUGCAGCGACGAAAAGCAACAAAGAGCACAAUCUACGAGAACGAGAUGAGUGAAGCUGAAGAAGAGCCACGGCCACGAAGGCGACUAGUUGCCAAGCGCAGAGAAGAGCCCGAUACUGAGCCGGAAGAAGACGAGGAAGAAGAGUCACAGCUACCAAAACGACGCGCUGCGAAGCGCAGAAAAGAAGCCGAUUUUGAAGAACAAGACGGGGAAGCCGCGGACGACAAGGAAAUUCCCAAGGUGCAAGGCCCACGAAUAGCGAAGCUGCCGCGUAAAGGCAUUCGAAGUAGAGAGAUCAUUGGCUACUUCCCGCAGGGCAUCGAGACGCUGAUUCCGAAUGCGUUUGAUUCGGCGUCAUUUCGAGUUGGAGGCCCGCCAGCGCCUGUCGUCAGUAGUGAGGUGCCAACUACGGCUGCAAAAGCCGAGGCAGCACCAAAAUCUGCAAAUGUGUCACCAUACUCACCCGCACCUGCAGAAUUUCUACUCGUCGAGGAAAAGCCUACUGUUACAUCACCUGCAGUGACAGAAGUAUCCCCUGCCGCCCUGACAGAAGAAACUGCCACUGCUGCGGUUAGCCCGCCGGAGCCAGCACAAUCUGAAGCUAUUGCCGUAGUGGCAACCCCCCCGAAGACGAUUCAGAUCGAGCCAGUCUCUCGUCCAAGGGUCACUGUUGAAGCGCUUGUAGCAGUCGUACCGUCCGAUAGCUCAAGUGAGGUAGUCGUACCUACUACGACAGAAGCCAACCCAACGAAAUUAGAGCUUUUUAGUGCGCCCGAGAUGGCUCUCACAGAAAUACCAAAGGAACCGGAAACAAAUGCGCCUGAUGUUGCGUCAUCUUCUGAAUCAGAAAAGAAGCUGGAUGUAGUACUCGAAGCAGCGGCCACAGUCCCCGUACUCCCGGUGGCAGAGAGCAUGUCCAGCGGCAGCGAGGCGAACCAUAGCGGGAAGCCGCGUAUCGCUAAUCCCGCGUCACGAGGCAAAAAGGCGGCCCGGCGGGAAGACGCGGCGGGGCUGGCACCGCAGGUCAUAGUGCCGUUUGAGCCUGUCGUCCAGCCAGUUGCGCGCAUGAUCAGCACCCGUGCCGGCGGCGCUGGAAUGAGGGCGAGGAUUGCCGCGGUAGGUCCUAUGGCGUUGGGUCCGGUUGCGCCUACAGCAGCGGGUGUGCCAGGUGUCGCAAAAAAGGCAGCGAGUAUGCCUGGGUUUACGUCGGCGAGCGGCGGAACGUGGAGUCGGCAUGCGCAUGAUUUGCUGGGGAUGAAUCGGCCAGAGCGGAGACGAUGA